UUAGCACAUGUAUGGUCUCCAUGUCAUACAUUCCAAGUGCUCUUUAAAACAUACAUCCAACUCUUGGAAAUCUCUUAUUGAAAGAAAAACUUUAAGUCAACAUGUGUAAUUGGGAAUUAAUGGUAGGUGCAGAAUUGUGGAUUUCAGUUUACAUAAUAUAUGUGGCCCACGUCUCAUCUUCCCAUCUAGGACCCUCUGGCUCUGAAGACAAAUAUCAGUCACUGGGAACUGAGAGGAUGUUCUCUAAGGAUUUGACAUUUGGAAUGAUCUUCUUAUUACACACUGCAGUUGGUAUCCUGGGGAAUUUUUCUCUUCUUUUCCAGUAUAUCUUCCUUUACUUCUCUAAAUGCAGGUUACGGUCCACAGACUUGAUUCUCAAGCACCUGGCUGUAGCCAAUUCCUUGUCCAUUCUCUGUAAAGGAAUCCCUAAGACUAUGGAAGGUUUUGGAUGGAAAAAUUUCCUCAAUGAUGUUGGAUGCAAAUUUGUUUUAUAUGUUCACAGAGUGGGCAGGGGAGUGUCCUUUGGCAGCACCUGUCUGUUGAGUAUCUUCCAGGCCAUCAUCAUCAGCCCCAGGAACUCUGGGUGGGCAGAGCUUCAAGUGAAAGCUCCCAAGUACAUGGGCUUCUCUAUUUUCCUGUGCUGGACCCUGCACAUGCUGCUAAAUACUGGUUUUGUUAUGUUUGUGACUAGUAAUUGGAGCAAUUAUAACAUCACAAAGAAAAAGUUCUAUGGAUACUGUUCUUCUGUGCGACAUGACCAAACCGAUGAUUUACUACAUUCAUUAUGGGUAGCGCUACCUGACAUUGUGACUUUGGGAAUCAUGCUCUGGUUCAGCAGCUCCAUGGUUUUCAUCCUGUACAAACACAAGCAGCGGGUCCAACACAUUCUUAGAUACAACAUCUCCCCCAGAGCCUCUGCUGAGACCAGAGCCACCCAAACCAUCCUUGUCUUGGUGAGCACCUUUGUGUCUUUUUACAUUCUCUCUUCCAUAUUUCAAGUUUUCAUAGCUACUUUUUAUCAACCUACUUCAUGGAUACUGGACCUGGAUGCACUCAUUUCUAUUUGUUUUCCAACCGUCAGCCCCUUGAUUCUUAUAAGCUGUGAUUCCAGGCUCUGCUUUGCCAUGAUAAAGAAGGCAAAAUCCCCUCAUCUUAUCAGAAAUAUCUAG